GUACAACAAAAUGUAUAUUAUAAAAUUGCUAUUGUUUCUAGGCAUUUUUAUAUCUGUGAACGCAGAUAUUUUGGUCACGACAACAAAAGGCGUUAUUCGAGGUCGACAAGAGUACUCCCAAAGGGGAAUAUCAUUUUAUGCUUUCCAAGAGAUUCCUUUCGCUAAGCCUCCAGUUGGAGAUUUAAGAUUUAAGGCUCCACAACCUGCUGAUAGCUGGGAAGGCGUUAUUGAUACGGUAAAAAACAGAAAAGUUUGCGUACAACAAGGAGUGGUGAAUGAUCCAGCUCUAGAAGAAACAGAAGAUUGUUUAUAUUUGAAUGUCUACACACCUACGUAUCCCUCUUCAAACGCAUCGCUUCCUGUGAUAUUUUUUAUUUAUGGAGGAGGUUUUGUUGUUGGAUAUGCAACCUUUGACACAAUUGGUCCUCAUUACAUGAUGGAACAUGACGUCAUCGUAGUAACAGCAAAUUACAGAGUUGGCCUAAUGGGAUUUUUAUCUACUGAAGAUGAAUCUAUACCUGGAAACUUCGGUCUGAAAGAUCAACAUCUCGCUUUCAAAUGGGUUCAGGAAAAUAUUAAGUCAUUUGGUGGAGAUCCAACUAGAGUAACGAUCAUGGGACACAGCGCUGGUAGUGCUUCUGUAGCAUAUCAACUCAUGAGCAAGAAAAAUCAAGGUUUGUUUUGGGGAGGUGUUAUGCUCAGUGGUUCGUCGUUGUCGCCGUGGAGCUACCAACGAAAUGCUAGGAAGUAUGCUUAUAUGAUGGCUAAAAGUUUAAAUUCAAGCAUCGAUGAAAAUACCCCUUCGCGAGAGGUUAGAGAUUUAUUUUUAAGGGUAUCUGCAAACGAUCUGAAAUCUGCAAGUUGGAGAUUACCAGCAUUUGAAGACCAAUUGAUCAGCGGCUUCAUGUUUGCCCCUGUAGUAGAACCUGAAGGUGAAGAUGCUUUAAUAACUGAACCGAUGUACUCUGCAAUUGAAAAUGGUCACAUGCUGCAAGUACCAAUUAUUAUUGGCAUAUCGUCUGAAGAAAGAAUUUGGGAUGCUGCAAACGCUACUAGUUUUAAAGCACUUUUGGAAACAUACGAUAAUAACGUGACCAAAUUUGUAAACGAUGACAUGCAUUUGACUGACCAAACCGUUAGAGAAGAGGUUGGUAACGCUAUUAGAAAAGUUUACGUAGAUGGACUGAUCCAAGACAAUUUUGGAAGAGCGGUUAAGUUCUUCAGUGAUACGUCUUUCGCUAGAGGUAUUAUUCAACAUGCCCUCCUUCAGUCGGAGUACAGUGAAGUUUAUUUCUACGAAUUUUCCUAUUACGGUCCUGAUUUUGCAGGAUGGAGACCAACAAUUGCAGGUGCUGAUAAAAUUAACCACGCCGAUAUAGACCCUUAUCUUUGGGUAAAAAAUAACGUUUCAAAUUUAGACACAUUCACAAAAGAUGACGUUUUAGCCAGUGAAAGGUUACGGAUCCUUAUUACCAACUUUGCAAAAGGAUUAUAUCCUGUCACUGAUCACAAAGACAUCUUAGGGGUAGACUACUGGCCAACAGUAAAGCCAAAGAACUUCCAAUACAUGAAUAUAAACAACACUUUGGACGUUCAACGAGAUCUUAAACAAGAUGUGCAUCCAAAGAUGGUGGAGAUAUAUGAAAAAUACGCUAUUAAACCGUUGGACACAUUUUAGAUAUUUCAAAUUUUGAAUAAUAAUAAAAAAUAAAUUUGA